UUCAGACAGCACAAAAACGCAGCAUCACAUCUGCCAGGGACGCGGACGCGCUCGGGGCGAUCCUGAGGCAGGACCCGCCCUCCUCUUCUUCCUCCUCCUCCUCCUCCUGCACUUGUCAAAGGGUACUGAUCGCAAAUUACAUCACAGUCGUGUCCACAGACGCGCACGCAAAUGACAAUGGGACAACCUGUCUCCUGAAGUUUUUCUCUAAAACUCACUUUUUCUAAUCAGAUGCCACGAUGUUGCCUUUCAAGAGAACUUUUGACAGCGAGAAGCAGCAGCUGCAGGAACUCAACAGCAGACUUGCCCAGUAUCUUUCCAGGACGAAGCAGCUGGAGCAGGAAAAUGCGCAUCUCAUCUCUCAAAUCAACAAACUCAGACAGACGAAGAGGGUGGACUGGGAGCCCAAGUAUCUGGGUGAGAUGCGGGAGCUGAGGAGAAUGGUGGGGCAGCUGUCGUUUGAAAAGUCCCAGGCUGAGAUGGAGAGGGAGAAGCUAUGGCGGGAGUUGCAGAUGGUCCAGUCUAUGUGCAGCGAGCAGACCGAGGUGUGCAGGGACAUCAGUGGCGAGCUGAAAGGCUACGAAAAGGAGCUCCACCACGCUCACAAGACCAACGAUGAACUCCAGCAGCGUUUAUUCCAGCUGGAGAACGAAUAUAAAUGUAUGGUCGAUGCGCACAUGCAAGAAAAGGACCAUCUCCUGCGUCAGGUGGAGUCCCGGGUGGUGCCCAUCAUUACGCAAACUUAUCACGGGCCUCCAGUGGCCACUAUGGAAGAGGUGCAAGAGUACGCCCGGGGUCUGUCCGAGGGAUGGAUUGAGACAUUUGAAAUGUACCAAGUGAAGGUGGAGGAGAUGGAGCUGUCGAUUAAAGCGGACCAGGCGAGGCUGGGUGAUCUGCAGAGGGAGAAGAUGAUGUAUGCCUCGGAGUUGGACAGAUUACGCACAGAGGCGGAAAAACAAGGUCAGAUUCAGUUCCAUCUUGAAGAGGAACUGAUGCGCAUGCAGGAGAAAUUCCGGGUGGACUUCAGUGAAUAUCAGAUGAUUAUUGAGCAGCUGGAACAAGAGAGGAAUGUGAUGGCUGACGCUAUUGCAGAAAAGAUGCGAGAGCAUCAGCACCUUCUCCAGGUGAAGAUGGAUCUGGGCAUGGAGGUGGCUGCCUACAGGGCUCUCCUGGAAGGCGAGAGAGUGAAUAUCCAAGAUGCUCAUAGGAGGGGGACUCAGCAUCAGAGAGAAAGAAUAAUAGAUAUCAAGAUGCCUGCACAGCGCCACACUCCAAGAGCUUCCACCUUAACCACCAGACAACAUAUGGAUAUCAGGUACACGCCGCCGACUUCAAACCUGAGAAGAUCCCCUGUGCCUCCCUCUGGGUCCAUAAGCCCCUCCAGGGUCAUCCCCAUUUCAGUUGCAGGCAGAGCUCGGCAUCAGAGUCCUGCAUCCAGAAGGGACAUGAUCUCAUUCACCAAAGCUCGAGCUGCUGCCUCUGCCCCUGCUACAGCCGCUGCCAAAGAUAAACAAACAGGCCAGCGUGAAUACCAAAUGAAACCACAUGCGCAGAAAACAGCAGCAGAGGAGAAAACUGUGGAAAUCAAACAGGUCUCUCGCAUAGAGAACAAAGCCAGUCCCAUCAAGUCCACCACUACUGAGACAAGUUCAGUGAGAGUCGUGUCACCGCCAAUGAUGAGCUUGAGCACGAAAACUGAAACAGAAAGCAAGAAGCAAGUGUCUGAUGAAAAAGAAAAAGAUUAUGAUUAUGGAGGCAAGUUCAAAGAUAAAGUGGAAACAGAGUCUAUGACGGGCCCAAGCGAGAAAAAGAUACUAGACUCUGUGUCUGUAGAGGAGAUCAUUGAGAAAGUGAUAAAACCAGCAGGUUUGGAAGCUGAGGGUAGCUCCUCGGGAGAUCCGCCGGUAAGGUAUCAUGUGGAGACAACUGAGCAGGAGGAUGGAACGAUGAAGACGAGGAUUGUGUUAGAGUCCAAAGUGGAGGAAGAGCUGGAUGUUUCUGAGGACUCUGCACUGGAUGAACUACUGAACCAAGGGGUUAAGAAGGCGUCACUGGAAGAUAUCAAGGACACAGCAACAGAAAGCAUGAUCAAGAACCUGCUAAGUGGCCUGCAGGCAAAUGAGAACUUGGAAAAUAAGUCUGUCAAUGUAGAAAUCAUCCAGGAACAGGUGGAGUCUUACAGUGAUGAGGAGAUUGAAGUUGAGCAGAAGUCCAGAUCUAGUUUCUAUGAGCCCUCCACGACAUAUUUCCAAAUCGAGGAGCUAGAAAACGUCCCUCAUGACACUCACGUUCAGAGGAGUGAUGGUGAUGCCAUGAAAACCUCCAUGACAGACACAGAUAGUUACAAGGGUGGAUCUGUGCAAGUUCAAGAGGUGUCUAGAGAGAGUGAAUCUCCCUAUUUCUCCCAUGAGCAAGAGCCUGACGAGUAUUUUGUCUCCACCCCAGAUGGUAAUCUCUCUGAAGCCGAGGAGGGUGUUGGCAUCACCUCAUACGGCCAUUAUGGUAUCGUAGAUGAUCUGUCAGAUGAGCGGUAUUAUCAAGAUGAAAGUCCUCUCCCGAAAGGAGUGAUCGUAGAGGAAAGUGACGAAUACAAGUUCAUGUCAGGUGAUCACUCGUUUAUCAAGGAGAGCUUCCCGGAGUGCAUCAUUGAAGAAGAGGUUCGUGUCUCUCCUGUAGUGCAGGAGUCGGUGCUUGAGUUCCUGAGAGAGGACUCUUUGGAGCCCAAGGAGCAGCUGAAGGGGGCUCUAGAGAAGCUACAAAGCUCAGUGUCAGGUCCGCUGAAGGAGGAGUUGGCUUUCCUCACAAAAGUGAGCAGAGAAAGCCCAGAGAAUGUGGCUGUCAACGUCAAAAAAGUGCAACAGUCAAGCGACAACGGCACCAUGACUAUAGUUGCAGAGCUGAACGUCUCUCAAACCCUGGAAGACUCUGGGCUGUUGGAGGCAGGAGGUGAUAUAUCUGAAGAGCAGAUCAUGGCAGCUCUUAAAUCUUCUAACCUGGGGAAAGCCUUCCAGGGUGGGGCAGGAGGGGGAUACAGUGUCAGGGUCUCCAAAGAAGAGGAUGUGGGGUAUGGUGAAGAGUUCCAAGGCUUUACUGAUGAAGGAGAGUCUGCAUCUGAAAUUACUGAGAAACACAUAACACUGAGGCCAUCAGAAAAGUCCUUUACCUUUCAGAUGGGCGCACAGGGCGGCCACGCUGAGGCGACCUCACCGCAAAAGACCCCGAUGAUGAUUUCGGAAGAGGAGAGAGUUGCAACAAUAUACCUUGAAAGCCCGACAGAUGAUUAGGAAAGAAUUUGGUCAGAAAUAUUUUCAAACUGAGUACUUGCCAAUGUAACUUGUUGAAGUGCACAUUACAGAGGUUUUCCUGACGCAGCACUCCACACACACAAGGCGUUAAUGCUGGUUGCAGACACUGUAAUAAUGCUUUAAGCUCUGCAAAACAUUUUACAUCUAACUGAUUUUGCUGCGCUCUUUUACUGUACCUUAGACUGUGCCACCUAAAACUCAGUGUACCUAACGUUUGGUUACACUGAUCUGAUGAACGCAUAUUUUUAAUGGUAUUAACUGUGGCAAUGCUACUAUUACAGAUACUGAGUGCUAACUAAUAUUUGCUAGUUUGCAGUAGGAUUGUAACAUCUCCGUAUAGUGGCAACUUUCCAUGCUGGUCGAUACUAAUGGAGUGCUGCGCUGGUAUGUGUUAACAUUUUUACAGCUUGCAGUUCAUCUUCAAGGAGGUUUGUUUACUCUCUCUAGAUUUCUCUAUUUUUGUACUAACCUGUGCUGUACAUCUUAAACAGCCCUUUCUGCAGUUUACAACACCCCAUCAAACCAGCCAUCACAUCAUGUGUCUGCCAUGGUGUUGAAUCUUUGGCAAGCCAACAUAUGCCAGUUGGAGUUAUGAGGUGCUGUGAGCUAUUUGCAGAUUGUGGCUUUCAUUUUUCUUUUGACUUGGGCACUGCUGCCAAAUGGAAUUGUUUUAGUAUAUACUGCAUCCUGGAACACGGUAGCUUAUUUGAAGCAGUAGUCAGAAUAUAGUGUACAGAGUAUAGUGAAGCUUGUAGCUGAGGAUAGUACAGCGGAAGUGGGGAAAAGGUGGUGAUUUGUCUUAAGAAACGUAGCAAGUUUUGAAUGCUAAUAUCAGAGAGUAGUGCAGGUAAAUGUGGCACUUAAAAGUGGUUGUUAGGUAACUUACAAAGUUGGUUAUUUUCAGAUUUUUAAAAUUUACUCACAAUUAUAAAAUCCAAUAGUGGUUCCCAACUGGUGGGUCGUGGUCCAACAGUGGGUUGCUGGCUUAUUCUGAAUGGACCUUUUAUUUUGAAUUGCUGUUUCCUGCUGUAGAGUAAGUGACUAACAGAUAGCUACUUGACAGAAACAGCAAACUAGUUCAAAGACAUGGCCAAAAGCAAGAAUGUACCAAAUGUAUUAAACUGUGUGGACCUUGAACUAAUGACUAAGGACAAAUCUUAACCCUGAGGAUGGAACAGUUGGGAACCACUCAUCUAACACAUAGAAAAAAAUAAUCGCCCCUUAUAUGACCAAAGCAAGAUUAGAUGAUCAAUGUUACCAUAGUGAAAUGUGUUUGUAAAAUGUGUAUCUUUACAUGGUGUGUGUCCAUACCAUACAUUUCAAAUUUCCCAACAGCGACCAUUUUGAUCUGAACAUGUGAUUUGGGAAACACUAAAAAAGGUUGUCAAUUUGAAAAGCAAAUAGUGAGAUGAAAGAAUGAAGAAUGAAAAGAGGUAAUGGAAAAUUAAAGGUAUACUAUGCAGGAAUUGCCGCCUACUGUUCAUAAGCAGUAUCACCAAAGAAACUGCUGAAAGCUAUACUUGCGUUUUUUGCCCUGUGUGCGCAAUUUCCACAGCUUCGUCUUGGAUGCAUGCUGCUUGUGUUCUGGCACCUGGUCACUACGUUUUUGUAAUGUCACGACCUCAUCGCACGCUGUGCCCAGAAAUGUCCCAAUAUAUGUUCCAAUACAGAGAGAGCAGAGUCUCUGUAUAUAAAUACACCACCACACACUUCUAGUGGGUCAUAAGUAAUGACCAAGAGGGAUUACUUCCGUAUGAGUCUAUACACUGUUUUUAAGAAAAUUCCUGCACAGUAUACCUUUAAUGAAUUAAAAGGAUUCAGUGAUGGUGUUGUUAAAGGAAAUAUAGUCACAUGUGUUUUUGAUGUACAGUGAGUCUUGUUUGGACGCCAUUUUGCUUGUAGACGUUUGUUGUUAUCACAGUGUUGGCUUGAAGGAUUCACCUUUGCUCACACAUACCAGUGUGUCCAUGACCGUGACUAUUUUUGGAUCAUCAGCUUAGUGGUAUUGACUGACUGUUCAUUAUGGUUUGUUGUGUUGUGUGUACUAGCUGCAGAGGCAGAAACGGUCCACUAUGAUUUCAGUCUGGCUACAUGCCUUUCACAUUUUGUGUAACUGGCUGGAAAAUGUAUACUUUGUUACUAUUGGGUAAUGUCCUCACAGAUUGGCUUGUUAGCACUAACUUGUUGAACAAUUGUGCAUAAAGCAAUGUUUAGUGUGAAUGCCAUGCUUUUAUAAAUAUGUUCUUUGUUUUAAAUCUAUUGAAUGACAUCUCAUCCAAAAAGACUUGUUGCAUUUAAGUGCCCGGAUACAGCAAAUUCUCACCUGUAAACUGCAGAAAGUUCAACCAAAAUACUAUUACAUCAGUGCACUUAAAUUGUGGCUUAAAGGGACAGUUCACCCAAAAAUCAAAAACACCUUUCCUCUUACCUGUAGUGCCAUUUCUCAAUCUAUAACAUUUUGGUGUGAGUCGUCAAGUGUCUGAGCUAUCAGCUGUAGAGAUGUACCUUCUCUCAAAAUAAAAUAGAACUGGAUGUGCCAAUGGUUUCUGCAAAGAGACGCUGCUGUCGAGUUUUCAAAUGGAUGUUUUUGGUGCUUUGAGUUCCACAAGCAGAGUGCCAUCUAGUUCCAUUAUACUGUAGAGACGGCAGACAUCUCUAUGGCCAGUAUCUCCAACACUUGCUAAAACAGUCUAGACUGAUAAAUAGCACUACAGAUAAGAGGAAAAAUGUUUGAUUUUGGGGUGAACUGUCCCUUUACUAAGGAAUCUGUUAACUUGCUGUGUGUAUGUACACAGUGUAACCUGGAUGUGCCAUUUCAUAGCAUAAAAAAAGCAUACAGAAAAUCUAAUGAUGUAUGAAGAAUGUGUAUUGAGUCAAAUCUUGUUUGUCACCAUGGAUAGUCCAACAUCAUUGCUUUUAUUGACAUAACAUGAUUUUUAUUUAACAAAUGACAUUAUUGCUUUGGUGAAAAAGGUUCCAGCCCUUCUUUGGAAAUUGAUUCAUAUCUUGACACAAUUAAAACCUACUGUGGGUAUGA